AUGAAGUGGACCCUUCUUGCCUCCACCGCUGCGGCGGCGUUUGCGUCUGUCGCCAGCGCCAUUCAGCUUCCUAUUGGGUACGACAAUGUGUGGAAGACGCAGAGCAAGAACUCCGCCGGCUCCAUGCCGUUGGGCGGAGGAGGUGUUGGCCUUAACGUCUGGGCCGAGGCUGGAUACAUUUAUUUCUACAUUGCGCAGAAUGCUGCGUUCGACGAGAACAAUUCGCUGCUCAAGCUCGGACGAGUCAGGCUCUCCAUGGAUCCCAAUCCAUUCGCCGUCAAUUCCAGCAUGUUCGAGCAGCGAUUGAAUAUCAUCGAUGGAUACAUCACGUUCCAGGGCGAUUACAACACCACCCUCACCAUGUGGGUCGAUGUGAGCACCUCUGGCAUCCAUGUGGAGCUCGAAGGUGAUACUCCGAUGAACUUGACUGCUGGUCUGGAGUCGUGGCGGACCAGCGGAUAUACGAUGGUUGAGAACGAGCAGCAGCAAACGUCCUGGGGUGUGAUUUAUGUCCCGGAAUAUAUUCCCCUUCCAUAUCAGUAUCCCGAUACCGUUGAAUAUGCCGAUGGAGGCGUGUUGAGCUACCACCACAAUACGGAGGCUCCUCUAUUCGAUUUCCAGAUCAAGCAGCAGGGUUUGCAGGACCCGGAGUCAUACUUCAACCCCAUGACAAACAAUACAUUCGGAGUGUUCAUGUAUUCGCCGCAGCUGAAGAAAGGCAAGACCAGCAAGGGCAAAUACAUCAGCACCAACUACACCUCGUUCAACCUCGUCUCCAAAACAAUGUCCAAGUCUUUUGACUUGUACGUCGGCGUCGGGCAGAACCAGACUACAGACGUGAGCUCUUGGACAUCAACACUAGUCUCUCAGACCAAAGCAUUGUCCAAGCAAGUCCACUCCACGACCAUCGCCUGGUGGAACGCCUUCUGGGACCGCUCGUGGAUCAUCAUCAACCCGGAUGCAGGUGGUUCGGACCCCGGUUUCCAAGUCGGCAAGAACUACCAGUACUUCCGGUACAUGAUGGGAUGCAAUGCGUACGGGAAGUUCCCCACGCGCUUCAACGGCGGGCUCUUCACUUUCGAUCCGGUGCUCGUUGAGUCGGACACGCCGUUCACGCCUGACUAUCGCAAGUGGUCUGGCGGCACGUUUACGGCGCAGAACCAGCGGCUUUUGUACUGGCCGCUCUUGAAGACGGGCGAUUGGGACAUUAUGCACCAGGAGUUCAAUUACUACAACAAUAUCUCGCCCAACAACCGGAAGCUCGGCCAGCUGUAUUUUGGUCUUGAUGUCGGCCUCACCUCAGAGCAGAUUGACAAUACUGGCCUCCCAAAUGUCUACGAGUACGACGCGCAAGAAUACAGCGCCAACGAGACGCGGACAUACCUCUACCCCGACGGCAUCGACUUCAACAACUACCUCUCCUGGCUGCAAGACACGGCCAACGAAUUCGCCGACCAGAUCAUCCUGUACAAGUCCGUGUACGGCGACUCGAUCCAGGAGUGGCUGCCGUUCGUCGAGUACCAGCUCGCAUGGUACGACGAAUUCUACCAGAAGCGCAACGGCUUGCUCAAGAAUGGCACUCUGAUCAUCUAUCCCGCUUCGGGGGCGGAGACGUACAAACUCGCGUACAACCCUGCGUCUACCGUGUCGGGACUUGUGCGCACCAUUACCGAUCUCUUGGAUAGUGGCGUCGACUACGUCAAGGGGAACACGACGUACUAUGAGGAAUAUCGGGCGCGAGUUCCUCAGACGCCACUGAUUCCGUGCCCGGGUGCUACAUCGCUUACUUGCAUUGCCCCCGCGCUGAACUACUCUUUCACUGAAAAUACCGAGCCGGUGGCACUGUACCCUGUUUUCCCGUGGAGCGAGUACGGCCUCGGACAGCCGACCAAUCUGUCCUACGCAUACGACGCAUACUUCAACGACAGCGAAUCCGGCUCUUUCCACGGAGAUCCACCCUACGGCUGGCGCCAAGAUCAAAUCUGGUGGGCACGCAUGGGCCUCACCGACCUCGUAACGACAAACUCCAUCUACCGCUUCGCCGACUCGACGACCUACCGCUUCUCCGCCUUCAAAGGCCCCAACUACGACUGGUCCCCAGACAUCAACCACUACGGCAGCGGCGCCAUCGGCCUGCAAGAGCAACUGCUGCAGACCUUCGCGCACAACAACACGCAAAUCCGGCUGUUGCCCGCUUGGCCCGCGAAUUGGACGGGCUCGUUCAAGUUGCUCGCGCCGCAGCAGACUGUCGUGCAGGGGACGAUUGAGGGGUUGCGGAUCCCGGAUUUGAGCGUCACGCCGGCGUCGCGCAUGAGCGACGUGACUGUGGGCACGCCGGCACAGAACUAG